AUGCAAUCAGAAUUUGGAGACUCAGACAAAGGCUAUGGAGGGGAGGUGACUGUGCAAGAGUUGUCCGGGGAAUUUCUGAAUGACAACAGUGAAGCUACCCACACAGAAAAAGAAGGCAGUUCUGUCAGCACAGUGUAUGGACUACAAGUCCAACUAGAAGGUGAAGAGCAAGAUUUGAAGAGUACUGAAAAUGCAAUUAAUCAAUGGCAAUCUAAAGACAGCUCGAAUGAGUAUAGCACUGAGGACAACCUCCACAGAGUACAAAAGGAUGUUGAAACUCAAGAGAAAGCCAUAAACUGGAUGUCCAGAGCAGAUCAACAGAAUGAGCAGAAAUCAGAUAGUGAUCACAAAGGUGUCAUCAGCUUAUUCCAUCAAAGGACAGAAGAAAAGAGGGGCUGUCUAAGAAUGACAAAAAAGGUUCUGCAAGACAUCUGUAAACAGCAGAAAUUCUAUGUAACCCCAUGCUUAAAUGACACUCUUUACUUGCAUUAUAAAGGAUUUGACCGCCUGGAGAAUCUUGAGGAGUAUACUGGGUUGAAGUGUUUAUGGCUGCAAUGCAAUGGCAUUACAAAAAUUGAAAACUUGGAGGCUCAGGCAGAAUUGCGUUGUCUCUACCUGCAACUCAAUCUAAUUAAGAAAAUUGAAAACCUUGAACCCUUACAAAAGCUGGAUUCCCUCAAUAUCAGUAACAACUACAUCAAGACCAUUGAGAAUCUCUCUUGCCUGAAGGUCCUGCAGACUCUACAGAUUGCUCACAACAAGUUAGAAACAGUGGAAGACAUACAGCACUUGCAAGAAUGCCCAAGUAUUUCAGUUCUUGAUCUUUCCCACAACAAUCUAAGUGAUCCAGCUAUUAUAACUGUUCUGGAGACCAUGCCUAAUUUGCAUGUGCUGAACUUGAUGGGAAACCAAGUGAUAAAGAACAUUGCUAAUUAUAGAAAAACACUUACUGUUCGACUAAAACAACUAACAUAUCUGGAUGAGAGACCAGUUUUCCCAAAAGAUAGAGCCUGUGCAGAAGCCUGGGCUGUUGGAGGUCUGGAAGCUGAGAAAGCAGAAAGGGAAAAAUGGGAAACCAGAGAGAGAAAAAAAAUCCAAGAUAGCAUUGAUGCUUUAGCAGCAAUCAGGUGGAAAGCAGAGGAAAAGAAAAGAAGAAAGUAUAUGGAAGAAAAAGAGGCAAGUGCUAAAUCUGGAAAUGGAGAUACACCAGACAUCCUAGAAGGGGCAUCUGAAAAUUCAGAUGACAAAGAUGGAAAUUCUAAGACACAGGAGACUUCAAGUAUAUCAGAAGAGGAAGAAACUCAAGAGAAGACUGACAAAUUUAGAAAUGAAAGUUUUGAUGGUCAUGAUGAAGUGAUAACACUUUUACGAAAUGGAAGAGAUAACACAGAUUUCACAUCUGCUAGAAUUCAAGAGGAUGCACAGGAAUCAAACUGUAACAAAUGCCCAAACUUCAACAAGGAGACAGAUGAUCUACUAAGAGAAAAGGCAGCUACUGGAAAGGCCAUACUUCCUGAACUGGAUCAAUAUGCUGAAACUAAACAAACCAAACUGGAUACACUGGAGAAACUUUGUCUUGAUGAAUUGCCUGAUUUAGAAGACACUGAUGGAAAUGAACUUCCACCAGAAGAGGAAAGCUUUGUUAAAAAGGAAUAUCACCCAAAGAUUGAAAUAAUUUCUGAAAUGACAAAUGACAGUGAUUCAGCAUUAGAGGAAAAUGAUAAAAGCAUGUUUGAGAAUUCAGAAGAAGUUCCAACAGCAAACUUUUCAAAUGCGUGUAAGAUACAUAAAGAGCAUGGAAAGGAGCACAUAAGACCCCUUGUUGAAAGCUUCUUUACACAGCCUGCUAAUUCCAAAAGAUACCAGGAGAUCAAAGAUCAACAAACAAGCCCUUCAAGACCCUUGAUACAAGAGAUUAACACUGAGCCCAAGGGUAAUCUACUCUUGUCACCAGUCUACAAGCAACCAGCUGACCCAAGCCAAACAGAAGAGGAUGGGAAUGGCAGAGAUGGAGAAGCACAGUACCCAGCUGAGAGUGAAGGAUAUUCUCACGAGGCAUGGGACAAGGGCGGUGAGAGUGGUUUAGAUUAGUCACUUCGAAAAAAAUCUCCAAGUAUU